AUGGCGUCUGCCAAUCUUGACGAUGCAGAAGCCCAGUGGCGAGCUCAGUUCGAAGCCAUGAAGUCCGCCCUGGCCGGCUUGAAGCUCCCCUCAGAGCCACCCUCUGAUGUUGACUUUGACGAUGAAUACGAAGGAUACUCAUCCGGAAGCGGCGCACAGGACGUCUGGGACUUCAUUUCGGACGACGAAGACGACGACUACAGCAGUGACCAGCUCGACGGUCAUGGUGUCACCGGCGGAGAUGCACGCUACGGCGCUGCAUGGUUCGCUGGCAAGUGCUCGGCCAUAGCUGCGAAAAACGGCCUGGCCGACGACGUAUUCCAGAACCAGAUCUUGAGCGUCUUGACGUCCGGCCAGGGUGAUGAGGAGCUCCAGUCCCAGCUCGCCGAUCUUAUCGGUUUCGACGACUUUGACUUCAUCAUCGAGCUGCUUGGCCACCGCGACGACGUUGUGACGGCUGCCACGUCCGAGGUGCCUCAGGAGUCCAAGGGGAGACUUCUCACCAAGGCACAGCGUGAAGAGGCAUUGCGACAACAGGACCAUCAGCACAAGAACGCUUCUCUUGCGCCCGCCAUGACGAGAGAGGUCCAAUAUCCCCAUGUGUACAAAGCAUACAACGCAGGGAAUUCUCUUAGCCAUUCCGGAAAGAAGUAUGCCCUUCCGAACGGCAGUGAAAGACUUCUCUUCGACAAGUACGAAGAAUAUGCCAUUCCUGCAGGGAAGAAGGGCGUCUUGGGCCCCGGCCAGAAGCUGGUCAAGAUUUCAGACAUGGACGGCCUCUGUCGCGGCACUUUCAAGGGGUAUCAGACUCUCAACCGCAUGCAAAGUCUGGUGCACCCGGUGGCCUACAGGACAAAUGAGAACAUGCUCAUAUGUGCCCCUACCGGUGCUGGUAAAACGGAUGCUGCCAUGCUUACCGUCCUGCAAACUAUUGGCCACUACUGCACGCCCAACCCCAUCGAAGACCCAACUGUUACCGAUUUCGCCGUCGAAGCACAGGAUUUCAAAAUCGUCUAUGUCGCUCCGAUGAAGGCUCUGGCCGCUGAAAUCACCGAGAAGCUCGGCAAGCGACUGGCAUGGCUCGGCAUCAAGUGCCGAGAGUUCACGGGAGAUAUGCACCUCACCAAGGCCGAGAUCGUCCAGACCCAGAUCAUCGUUACUACCCCUGAGAAAUGGGAUGUUGUGACGAGGAAGGGGACGGGCGACACCGAGUUGGUGCAGAAGGUCCGCCUUCUCAUCAUUGACGAAGUUCACAUGCUUCAUGAUGAGCGCGGCGCCGUCCUGGAGUCGCUCGUCGCCAGAACGGAGCGUCAGGUCGAGAGUACCCAAUCCUUGAUUCGUAUUGUCGGCCUCAGUGCUACGCUUCCGAACUACGUCGAUGUUGCCGACUUCCUCAAAGUCAACCGACACGCCGGCAUGUUCUACUUCGACGCCUCGUUCCGCCCCGUCCCGUUGGAGCAGCACUUCAUCGGCGUCAAGGGCAAAGCCGGGUCGAAGCAGUCCAAGGAAAACCUGGAUCAAGUGGCUUUCGAAAAAGUCAGGGACAUGCUCCAGAGAGGUCACCAGGUCAUGGUCUUUGUCCACUCGAGAAGAGACACUCUUCUGACCGCCAAGAUGCUCCACGAAAAAGCCAUCGAAGACUUCUGCGUCGACUUGUUCGAUCCCACUGGCCACCCCAACUACGAGAAUGCCGUCCGCGACAUGAAGCAGUCCAGGGCGCGUGAUCUGCGAGAACUGAUACCCAAAGGAUUGGGGGUUCACCACGCUGGUAUGGCCCGCUCCGACAGAAACCUCAUGGAGCGGCUCUUUGGAGAAGGUGUCAUCAAAGUUCUUUGCUGUACGGCAACUCUUGCUUGGGGUGUGAACUUGCCCGCAGCCGCUGUAGUUAUCAAGGGAACCCAGGUGUACAGCGCACAGGAAGGUAAGUUCGUUGAUCUCGGCAUCCUCGAUGUGCUGCAGAUCUUCGGUCGUGCUGGUCGUCCCCAGUUCGAAGACACCGGUAUUGGUAUGAUUUGCACCACCCAGGACAGACUUCACCACUACCUGACAACUGUCACGGAGCAACAGCCGAUCGAAUCCAAGUUCUCCACGAAGCUUGUUGAUAAUCUGAACGCCGAGAUCGCUCUGGGAACGGUCACGUCGAUUCCCGAGGCCGUCCAAUGGAUUGGCUACUCGUAUCUCUUCGUACGCAUGCAGAGAAGCCCCAUGAGCUACGGCAUCGAGUGGGCCGAGAUCAGAGACGACCCUACGCUUGUUCAGAGACGGCGUCAGUUGGCCAUCCAGGCAGCCCGCACUCUUCAGCAAAGCCAAAUGAUCAUCUUCAACGAGGUCACCGAGGAGCUUCGCAGCAAGGACAUUGGCCGCAUUGCCAGCCAGUACUACAUCUUGCACACUAGCAUCCAGAUCUUCAACACCAUGAUGCGACCUAUGGCCACGGAAGCUGAUAUCCUCAAGAUGAUCAGCAUGAGCGGAGAGUUUGACAACAUCCAGUCGAGAGACUCGGAAGAAAAGGAGCUCUCCCGUCUGAGGCACGACGUCGUGCCGUGUGACGUGGACGGCGGCGUCGACACGCCCCAGGCGAAGACGAACAUCCUGCUGCAAGCGUACAUCUCGAGGGCUCAACCGGAAGAUUUUGCACUUGGGAACGAUUUGAACUAUGUCGCUCAGCAGGCCGGCCGUAUCUGUAGAGCUCUGUUCAUGAUCGCCUUGAAUAGGAGAUGGGGUCACCAGUGCUUGGUUCUGCUCACCCUCGCCAAGUCUAUUGAGAAGCGCAUCUGGCCCUUCCAGCACCCACUGCACCAAUUCGAUUUCCCCAAGUCGGUUUUCAACCAGCUUGACGCCAAGGAAAACCUGUCCAUCGAAGCCAUGAGAGACAUGGAGCCAGCAGAAAUCGGCGCUCUUAUUCAUAACCAGAGCGCUGGUAAGAAAAUUGCCCACAUCCUCAACAACUUUCCGACGGUCAGUGUCGAGGCCGAAAUCGCCCCUCUCAACCGCGACGUCCUUCGCAUCAAGCUGUUCAUCGAGCCUGACUUUAGGUGGAACGAUCACACCAACGGAACGUCCGAGUCCUACUACAUAUGGGUCGAGAACUCCGAGACGUCAGAGAUCUACCACCACGAGUUCUUUAUCCUCAACAGGCGGAAACUCUACGAUGAUCACGAACUCAACUUCACCAUCCCGCUUUCGGACCCCUUGCCGACUCAGAUCUAUGUGCGAGCGGUUUCUGACCGAUGGCUCGGUGCUGAGACGGUGGCACCCGUAUCCUUCCAGCAUCUCAUCCGUCCUGAUACGGAGAGCGUGUACACCGACCUCCUGAACCUGCAACCGCUGCCCGUUAGCGCGCUGAAGAACCCGGCUCUCGAGGAGAUCUACGCCCAGCGGUUCCAAUUCUUCAACCCCAUGCAGACGCAAAUCUUCCACACUCUGUACCACACGCCUGCCAACGUUCUCCUCGGCUCUCCCACGGGCAGUGGCAAGACCGUCGCAGCAGAGCUGGCUAUGUGGUGGGCUUUCAGGGAGAGGCCAGGGUCCAAGGUCGUAUACAUCGCGCCCAUGAAGGCCCUCGUGCGCGAGCGUGUGAAGGACUGGGGAGCCAGGCUUGCCCGGCCUCUGGGAUUGAAGCUGGUUGAACUUACAGGUGACAACACUCCCGACACUCGCACGAUUAAGGAUGCCGACGUCAUCAUCACCACGCCUGAGAAGUGGGACGGUAUCUCCCGCAGCUGGCAGACGAGAGGCUAUGUUCGCCAAGUGAGUCUCGUCAUUAUUGACGAGAUUCAUCUGCUGGCCGGCGAUCGUGGUCCCAUCCUGGAAAUCAUCGUCUCUCGUGAGUGCCAACCCCCCCCCCCCCCCCCCCAGUCGUCCAUGAAGAACCCCUCUGACGACACUUCAGGCAUGAAUUACAUCGCAGCGUCCAUCAAGAACUCUGUGCGCCUGCUCGGCAUGUCGACGGCUUGCGCCAAUGCCACGGAUCUCGGCAACUGGCUCGGCGUCAAGGAGGGUCUGUUCAACUUCAGACACUCAGUCCGCCCCGUUCCUUUGGAGCUUUACAUCGAUGGUUUUCCGGAGACUCGAGGCUUCUGCCCGUUGAUGCAAUCCAUGAACCGCCCGACCUUCCUGGCGGUUAAGACACACAGCCCCGACAAGCCCGUCAUCGUCUUCGUUCCCUCUCGAAGACAGACGCGUCUGACUGCCAAAGACCUGAUCAACUACUGCGGUAUGGAGGACAACCCCCGCCGCUUCCUCCAUAUGGACGAAGACGACUUGCAGCUCAACCUUGCGAGAGUCAAGGACGACGCUCUCAAGGAAGCCAUCAGUUUCGGCAUCGGGCUUCACCACGCCGGUCUCGUCGAAUCCGACCGUCAGCUGGCCGAGGAGCUCUUCCUGAACAACAAGAUCCAGAUUCUGGUGGCCACCAGUACUCUCGCUUGGGGCGUCAACUUGCCCGCCCACCUCGUCGUCGUCAAGGGCACGCAGUUCUACGAUGCCAAGAUCGAAGGCUACAAGGACAUGGACCUGACCGACGUCCUCCAGAUGCUGGGACGAGCCGGGCGUCCGCAGUUCGACAACUCGGGCGUGGCGCGCAUCUUCACCAAGGACGCCAAGAAGGACUUUUACAAGCACUUCCUCCACACGGGCUUCCCUGUCGAGUCGUCCCUGCACACAGUGCUGGACAACCAUUUGUGCGCCGAGGUCUCGGCCGAGACCAUCGUGACGAAGCAGGACGCUCUCGACUACCUGACGUGGACCUUCUUCUUCCGCCGCCUGCACAAGAACCCGUCCUACUACGGCCUUGAGGUCUCGGCCGAGGAGCACAACAGCAUUGCCGCCCAGACGCUCGCCAACGACUACAUGGUCGACAUGAUCGACAAGUCGCUCGACGAACUCGCGCAGUCCAGCUGCGUCGAGGUCUUCCCCAACGGCGAUGUCGACCCCACCCCGAUGGGCAAGAUCAUGAGUUACUACUACCUCUCCCACAUCACAAUCCGCCACCUCGUCAAGCACAUCAAGGCGCAGGCCUCGUUCCUCGACGUGCUCUCAUGGAUGUCCCGCGCCACCGAGUACGACGAGCUCCCCGUCCGCCACAACGAGGACCUCAUCAACGAGGAGCUCUCGCGCAACCUACUCUUCCCAGGCAGCUCCUUCGGCCUGCCCAUGUGGGACCCCCAUGUCAAGGCCUUCCUCCUGCUGCAGGCGCACAUGUCGCGCAUCACGCUUCCCAUCACCGACUACGUCGGCGACCAGACUAGCGUCCUCGAUCAGGCCAUCCGUAUCAUCCAGGCCUCCAUCGACGUCACCACCGAGCUGGGCCACUUAACUACCUGCCUCGAGUUCGUCAAGCUCUUGCAGUGCAUCAAGUCGGCCCGUUGGCCCACCGACCACCCGGCCUCCAUCCUCCCAGGUGUCGGCGUCGACACCCUCAAGUCGGACAAGUCCAACCUCACCCUCGCCAAGGUCGCCGCCCUCGCCUCCCCGGGUAAGGUCUCCAACCUUGCGAGGCAGCUCUCCGUCCCGGCCCACCAGCAGCCCCGCUUCGCAAAGGCCGUCGCCCAGCUCCCCAACCUCGCCGUCUCCGUCCCCGAGGCCACGGCACUGUCCGUGUCCGUCGACCUCCGCCGCCUGAACCCGUUGACGGAGCGCGACGCGCACGUCUACGCGCCCCGCUUCCCGAAGCCCCAGAACGAGGGCUGGUUCGUCGUCCUCGCCGACCCGGCCCACGACGAGGUCAUCGCUGUCAAACGCGCCGGCUGGUCCCAGGGCCCAGGGAGGAGCAUCGCCGUCGGAUCCAAGCCGUCGACUCGCGCCAACAUCAAGGUGCCCGAGGCCGCGCAGGGCAGGAAGCUCGAGGUCGUGGUCGUCAGCGACGCGUACAUCGGGCUCGAGUACCGUGUUGGCGUCGACAUCCCCGCGGCACCCGUCGUGGACGACGACAUGGACAAGUCCAAGAAGGCGCAGACGCGGCAGCAAGAAGCCGGCGGCAGCGGCGGCGGGGCUUCUCAGGCGUGA